AUGGCAGAAAAAACCCGCUUUGGUCGUGAUAUUUCCAAUACAACGGCGAACACGUUGAUACAUCGUAAUAUGAAAAGAUCAACAUACCAUUCCUAUCCUAUUUUAAAAACAAAAUGUCCCAAGCCUUUAACUAAUCUUCUCGCAGAUUUACAAUUAGAAAAUGAAGGUAAAGAGGACAACGGGGAUAGAUCAACAUUUUGUGUUAAGGACAGUAGCACCUUUCAAAGUGACGAGAGCGUACUCGAUGAUGCAGAUGACGAGAAGGAAACCAAUUCAAUGGCUUCUAAUAACGACACCAAAGGGGGUAGUGUUGACAAUAGAAUUGUAGAUUUGCUUAGCUCACAAGUUAACACAAAGGGGAAGAAUGAAGAAAAUAGUAAAUGCAGUGUUCAACGCUUUUGUAGCGAUUUUGAGAAGAUCAAUGAUGAGGAACAGGGAAGGAAAUAUACAUUUGCAGCAAGAAGUAGUGACUUGGAAGAAAUCAUACAAUAUUACAAUGGCCAGCUACAAAAAAUCAAUGAUUUAGCUGCUGAAAGACUAGAUCAAUUUAAUGAAUUAGAAGAGUCGUUUAAUAAAAUUCAACAAACUCAAAGUCAAGUUUAUCAAAACCACUUGCAAUACUUACAAAAGCAACUAAAAUUUAAGGAGGAAGAAAUGGAAGAUAUGAAAAGGAAUUACACACUAGUGGAACAAUGGGUCUUGACACUUUUCAAGGAGUUAGGUGAUUGCAUAAGAGCAAAUCCUUCUUCACUUGUUAAGUUGUCGGGUAAACAAAUCAAAAAAUCACUUCAGCCACCAGUAAAAAAAACAGAACUAGAGUCAAUUUACAGGUACCUUGUCCAAUACCUCUAUCUGGAUGGCGAAAAUGAGGCAGUUACCUAG